GACGUGGAGUUUCGAUUCAAGUUUGUGAUUUAAAAAAAUAAUUCCUCGAUAUAAUUUCUUAAUUUAAACCUAACAACACACAAAAUGAAUGUGUUUAGAUUAGCGGGUGACUUAUCACACUUAUUAGCCAUUAUAAUCCUGCUUUUAAAAAUAUGGAAAACGCGGUCGUGUGCAGGUAUUUCGGGUAAAUCACAGAUACUCUUCGCAAUCGUUUAUCUCAGCCGCUAUUUGGAUCUUUUUACAACAUUUAUCAGCGUCUACAAUACUUUCAUGAAGUUUGUGUUCGUGGUAUCAUCAUUGGGCACAUUGUAUUUGAUGUAUCUUAAGUUCCGCGCCACAUACGAUCAUAAUCACGACUCAUUCCGAAUUGAAUUCUUGCUGGUUCCGUGCGUGGUUUUGGCUCUUUUGAUAAAUCAUGAUUUUACCGUCUUGGAAGUAUUAUGGACAUUCUCAAUCUACUUGGAAUCAGUCGCUAUAUUACCACAAUUAUUCCUGGUGAGCAAGACAGGUGAAGCUGAAAGUAUUACGAGUCAUUAUCUAUUUGCUUUAGGCUCGUAUCGUGCUCUUUACAUCCUUAAUUGGAUUUACCGAUAUGUGGCGGAAAGUCAUUACGACCUCAUUGCUAUAAUUGCUGGUAUUGUUCAAACAAUUUUGUAUUGUGACUUCUUCUACUUGUACAUAACGAAAGUGUUGAAAGGAAAAAAGCUGCAAUUGCCGGCAUAAACUUUGAAAGGCUCUUUGCGCGCACAUCAAAAAUCCAUUUUAAAAAAAUAAUUGCUGUGUAAGAAAUGUGCGUGUUGCAUUAAGAUUUGCAAACAGCCUUUCACUUCUUACUAUAAUAUCACAUCAUACAACAUCAUCCAUCCUUUAAUUCGGAUACGAUUUUCCUUCACCAAAAUCAUUGCUAUCUAAAGAAAAAAAUUGUUAAUAAACUAAAUCCAACGUUUGUCAAUAUGUGAAGUGAAAGAAAGAAAAAAAAUAAAUGUUCAAGAAGUCAUAAGUCUUAAUAGAAAAGAAAACUAUCUAAACAAUUAACAUAGAAUAAUAAAAUAAGAAAAUAGUUUUUCGUUGUUCAACGAGAAUUAACUUUUCCAUUCAAAACAUUUUCAUGUUCAUCAAAGAUGUUUUUCUCCUAAGAUUGAAAACAAUUUUAUGAUAAUAAUACAAUUAAAGCUUAGCUGAUUACUUAAGGAAACUUCAUUAACAAUUUUUGAAGCUUGUAGAUUUCCAUAGAAACUUUUUCUUUCCCAUGAGUUUUAAAGUUUUCUUGAUAGCGAUGAACGCUUGUAAGGAUGGAAUUAUGCAACUUUUGUCUUCAUUUAAAUAGUUUUGUUGAAUCUGCCAUUUAUUGCAAUGGAGUAAGUUAAACAAAAAUUAUUUAAAUCUUUUGAAACUUGAAUUGCAUAAUCGAAAUAUUUCUAUUUUUACAACAAAAAUUCGUUCCGAAUAUCUCUUGAUAGCAAUUUCUAUACUUCUUAUAUUUAAAAUGGAAACCCGAUUUUGUGUAAUUGUAUUUUUUAAUUAAUUUUGAAUAACAAAGAUGAAUAAUUAUGAUUUAGAAAAAUGGAUCAUCAAUAAAGAGAGACAAAAAAGUUAUAAAAAAG